AGGGCCGCUUUGCGACUUGUCAGCGUACUGGGCAUGCGCGGCGGCCAUGUUGGUUCUGUAUGUGCAGUGACUGGGCGCUCUUGCCGGGUGCGUUGUGUUGUGAUCCACGGAGAGUCCAGGCCAAGCGUGGGAGGAGCCUCAACUGAAUAUUGUGACUGUACAGAGAGAACUCCACAAUGUCUCGGAGAUAUGACUCGAGGACGACCAUCUUCUCCCCGGAGGGUCGCCUCUAUCAGGUGGAAUAUGCCAUGGAAGCCAUCGGACACGCUGGCACCUGCUUGGGCAUUCUGGCCAAUGAUGGCGUCCUCCUGGCGGCUGAGCGACGAAACAUCCACAAACUCCUGGACGAGGUUUUCUUUUCUGAGAAAAUUUACAAAUUAAACGAUGACAUGGCGUGCAGUGUGGCCGGGAUUACCUCUGAUGCCAAUGUCCUCACCAAUGAACUCAGACUCAUCGCACAGAGGUAUCUGCUUCAGUACCAGGAGCCCAUCCCAUGUGAGCAGCUGGUGACUGCACUGUGCGACAUCAAGCAGGCAUACACACAGUUCGGAGGUAAGCGGCCGUUCGGUGUCUCCCUCCUGUAUAUCGGCUGGGAUAAGCAUUAUGGUUUUCAGUUGUAUCAGAGUGAUCCGAGCGGGAACUAUGGAGGGUGGAAAGCCACUUGUAUCGGCAACAACAGCGCGGCGGCAGUCUCCAUGCUGAAACAAGACUACAAGGAAGGAGACAUGACACUGAAGUCAGCUUUGGCACUCGCCGUUAAAGUUCUCAACAAGACGAUGGAUGUCAGUAAACUGUCUGCAGAGAAAGUUGAGAUCGCCACAUUAACACGUGAGAACGGGAAAACGAAAAUCCGGGUCUUAAAACAGAAGGAAGUGGAGGAGCUGAUCAAACUGCACGAGGAGGAAGAAGCAAAGGUCGAGCGAGAGAAGAAGGAAAAAGAACAGAAAGAGAAGGACAAGUGAUUGUGGAGGCGCCGGGAAUCUCAUGACAUCUCCUCCUCUGUGGAUCCAUCUGUCUCUUUACACAAAUUCUCGUCACUCUCAGAUUUUCUGCUUUUUGGUCUUGAAAUAAAACUUAAACAAAUUUUUCAUAAA